AUGCUGCGGCUGCCGGCGCCCGGCGGAUUCCCGGAAAGACAUGGGGGGCCCUCUGAACUCAACCCCCACGCCACGCUGCCAAAAGGCUCUCCCUCUAUCUUCCCCUCCAGCGCUCGGCGGCCAGCAAUUAAAUACCACCCUUCAAAUCGCGUACAAGCACCGCGCGACACAAACCCCGAUCGGGCAGCACCGCCACAGCCACCGCAUCCUCACGAGCCACCUCGCUCGCCACACGAUCGGGUCGGCGGCGGCCGCCACAGCCCACAGGCCAGCAUGAGCACCGCGAACGGGAACGGGCUGGCGGCGCACCACCACCACGUCCAGGCGCCGAUGCCGCCUCCGCCGCCGCCGCACCAGAAGCAGCGGCCGGGGCUGCCGCCGACGCCCCCGCCCUCCGCGCCCGGCUCCCACUCCCUGCACCACGCCGGCGCGUGCGUGGACGACGGCUCCUCGGCGCAGGCGCGCAGGGCGCACCGCCGGUCCCGCAGCGACGUCGCGUUCGGCUACUUCCAGCCGCCGCCGCCGCCGUCGCCGACGCCCAAGGCGGAGGCCGGCGGCUGGGGCCUCGCCGGCGGCGCCGCCGCGGGCGAAGACCUGCUCAAUGCGUACAUGAGCAUGGAGAGCAUGGACGGGCUCAACAACAACUCCGACGGGGACAGCCGCGGGAGCAGCGGCAUGCGCACCAACGGCGCCGACAGCAGCGAGAACGAGUCCGAGGACUACGGCGGCGGCGGCGGAGACAGCCAGUUCCUUCUCUGGGCCGACGCCGGCAGGAAGAAGAGGAAUGCCGCCGGCGAGCCCGCGCUGCCGCCGCCGGCGCGGCACGCGAGGAGCUUGUCCAUGGACAGCCUCAUGGGGAAGCUCAGCUUCUCCGCCAAUGGGGAGCCCGGCAGAUUCAGCCUCGAGUUCGGCGGCGGCGAGUUCACCCCCGCCGAGAUGAAGCGGAUUAUGGCCGACGAGAAGCUCGCCGAGAUGGCGCUCGCCGACCCCAAGCGCGUCAAGAGGGUGCUCGCCAACAGGCAGUCUGCGGCGCGGUCCAAGGAGCGGCGGAUGCGGUACAUCGCCGAGCUGGAGCAGAAGGUGCAGAUCCUGCAGACGGAGGCCACGACCCUAUCCGCGCAGCUCACUCUACUGCAGGUUUGAGCACAUUCCUACAGCGUUUUCAGACAGCGUUCUUGCUCG